GCAAUCGCUGGUACUCUAGCCUCGCUGUGUCUACUUACAUUCACACACACUAACACAACCACCAAUCGCCAAAAAAAAAAAAAAAAAACACGAUGCACAACCUCGCGACGGUAGCAACGCUGCUUACCGCGCUGCUGGCGGUAUCGGCGCAGUACCAGCAACCCGGCAGCAAUUACGUCGACGACUACGCCCAGUACGACUCUCAACGGCCAAGUCAGCCGACUCAACGUAGCUACGCGCCAAACGAUGUGCCGGAUCGUCAGGCGGCGGCUCCAAAGCCAACGCCAGUCGCAAUCUUAAAGCAGAUCAAUCGUCACAACGAAGACGGUUCGUACACAUACGGUUUCGAGGGCGCGGACGGUUCGUUCAAGAUCGAAACCAAGUUGCCGACCGGCGACGUGAAAGGCAAGUACGGUUUUGUCGACGAUACCGGCAAGGUUCGGAUAGUCGAGUACGGAGCGAAUCAGUAUGGCUUCCAGCCAGCCGGCGAAGGUAUCACAGUCGCUCCGCCGACUCUGAUUGACGAGACCACCAGCAAGGAGGCUAUCGAGCAGCAAGCUUACGAAGAGUAUCAGCGACAGCAACAACAACCAGCUCGUCCAGCUUAUCAGCCACCUCAGCAGACGCACACGCAAGCUGUGUACGCGCCCGCUCAGGUAGCUCCGAGCAGACCUGCUCUUCCAAAACCGCCUAUUUUCACUCCAAACGCUGCCGCUGCCCCGGCACCUCAACAGUCCCCGAUACUUCAGCAGAGACCGGUUUACGAUGAACCCGCGCCGGCCUCGCAACUUUACAAUCAGGGACCGGCUCAGUUCAGUCCGGCGCCGUCUCAGGAACGCCGUUCUCAGCCGCAACCUCGCAGCGGUGGCGGCAUCCUAGAUCAGCUCGCCAGGGACUACGCUCUACCACAAGGAGUGGCGCCGCCGCUUCACGACAUCAGCUUCGGCUAUUACUAGGCUAUCUAGUCUUGCCUCUGCCGGACGCUAGGAGAGUUUGGGAUCAAUUGUUACGACUAAAACAAAAAUUUUUCGAAUCACUCGAUAAACAUUUAACUUCUAACGCGUACUGAAGCAAAGAUUUAUUAAAUUGUGUUACUUUUUAGAGAUUACGGUUUUGAUAUACAUAUAACAAAAAUGUAUCAUGAUUGAUUCCAAUCUCAUCUGCGUCUCGGUUGCGUGUUGGUCUUCUAUUCUAUUCCUGAAUGGAACAUCUCGACGACUAAUUUUUAGCUCGUCGUGAUCGCGACGCGGCCCGCUCGAGGUGGGCGGCUCUGUAAUUGACAAUCGUCUCGAAUGGACCGUCCAUUGUAGUUAGGGAUCGAGAACUACGAGAAUUGGUAAUUAAACCCUCAAAAAAAAAACCCCAAAUCACGAAAAUUCCAUUUCGUCCGUGUGAUACGAGUUCUUUUUACACUAAUGAUAUAUAUAUUCUGGUUUACUUAAUUAACAAUUACAAAUGAUAUUUUCCAAACGUAAAGCGACGGAUCUCAUCUGUUAUACGCAUCGUUCAAUUCCGAAUCGACCAAAACUGUGAUAAAGAGCAACAAUAAAAUUAUGUAUAAGAAAAAAUUCUCUGAUAAAGAUUAAUUUAUUAUACACGCAUGGACUAAAGUGGAAU